AUGGACAUAGACCUAUCGGUAGUCUCCACGAAAACAUCUGGUGAACUGUUUCAGGAGUAUUCAGUGAACCAAUUGAAGCAGGUUAAGUACAAACUCCAGAAUGAUAUCCAGACAAGGCGUGACGAACUGAGACAGCUAGUUGGCAACAAGUAUCGUGAUUUGCUACAGGUAGCUGAUGAUAUAAUUGAUGUGAACCGACUCAGCAAGGUUGAAAACGACAAUUUAAUGCGAUUGGCAUUCCAGAAGUCCCAUUACAACGAACUGGACACGCUGUUGAAAUUCAAUGCGCAGACAAGACAAACUCAAGUCACAGCUGCCAGGGCCAGGACUAAGCCUACGGUGUUGCGUAACAUUCUGGGCACUUUGAACACGCGAUUGGUCGAAGUGGAGCAUUCGGUUUCAGCUCUCAGCUUUGAGCCGCAGAGCAACGGCAAUGCUGCUGACGAAGUUUCUGGAAUGUUUGUUGAAUUAACUAAAAGUUUUUAUCUCACACAACUGUUCUUUGGAGACGAGCUGCGUGGUGACAGUGGUGCAAGGCUCAAGUUUGACGGUAUGAGGGAAAGGUUCCUGAAGCAGGUGGAUGACCAGCUAUCUGCACUGGCAAUCGAUAAUGAGUAUGAUUUUGCGCUUGACAUGCUGAUUUCCUAUGUGGUUUUGAACUCGUGUACACCACGUGAGGCGUUGUCGUACUUUUUACGGUUGAGAUUGAGCUAUCUACGGGGAUUCAACUUGACACUUGACUUUCAGUCUUGUCUAAGCUAUGUUUUCAACACGAUCAGCUAUUUGUCUCUGUUUCAGACUAAAUUGCCCACGGCUUUGGUUAGAACAGUCCACUCAUCUUCCACAUACAAAACUUGGCUCCAGAACUCGGCCCUUAGACCGUUUCUUGCUUGGCUCGAUGUGAACACGGAGACCUUCAACGUUCAGUUUCCGCACACUGCGACGUCAAUAAGGGCUUCAGUCGGCGAGUCGGUGCUUGAGGCGUCAAAAGAAGAAUGGAAACUCACGUUGGGCCAAUAUUUCCUGGAGUCUGUAAAGGAGAUAUUUGGAUCGACAUCUGAUUUAAGCGAACUGGCCGCUGUUCUCUCAAGGAUCUUGACGGCAUUCAAAAAGUUUACAUCUCUCUCGGAUCUGAAAUGUGCUGAUGGUUCGCCGCUCAUUGAUAGUGCGAUAGGAGAGUGGAACAAUGUAUUUGAGACAGCAUUACUGGCACAACUAACUCGGUUUGAUCAGAUUUCGUCAAUGGUCAUUGACACCUUUUUGCACCCUGAACAAAUCCCCAAGGCUCAAAGGGAUGUUCUUUUUGAGGUGAAUACACUUGAGGACAUCUCUGUUUAUCUUGAAAAGAUCAACAGACUUUCCGUAUAUCAGGUUGGUUCGUCGAGAGAGGUACUUUCGCAGAUUGAUGCCUUUCAUUCAACCAUUACCAAGGACUCUGAAUCCGUGAGAUCAAUCCUCCAUCUCUCGAAGAAUUUGAACAAACAAGCCCUCAGUAUUGACGAUCACGAAGAUCCACAGUUCUGGAAAGCUGUGGGAAGCAGAGUUGAGACUCUGUACAAAUCAUAUGUGAAGAUCUCUCUGGACACACUGGAUGAGUCCGAAGAAAAAAUAAUCUCCGCUCUUAACGCCCUUGACUUUGGUUCUGAUGAAGCAGGGCACUUCUCUGAACGUCUGUUUUAUCUCAUCAGAAUACUGAUUGAUUUAUCGAAACGUGAUGAUCUUCGUUUGUUGUUCAAAGAGACCACGCCAGAGACUGCUCUAUCAGGACUUUCACUUGAAUCUCAACGUAAUGCAUCUCGUCCAGCAUCAAAAUACUCACCGGUACUUCUUAGACUGUUUGAGCCUUUAUCGCUGAAAAUCGCUUCUUCAACGCUUACGGAUCUCGAGAAUCUCUUGGUCUCUAGAUUCCAAUCUGCAGACCCCGUUCCUGAAAGCCAGCUGUGGGAUCUCCUGUCAGGGACAGAGACUCUGGUUCCAAAUGCGCCUUCCAUUGACUUCUCCACAAUGAUGUACCGGUUGGGACUGAAAUUCAACUCUGAUGAUUCGAAUGAAGACUAUACCGAUGUGUACAAAGUGCCUGAGUUUGUUACUGUGAAGAACGGGCUGAUGAAAACCAUGCUUGAGAGGAUAUUAAGUACGCUAGAGGAGAGAAAGACUCAUGAAAAAGAAAUUGAAGAUGCCACGAAGGUUGAAGAAUCCAUUCCGCUUACUGAGGAUGAUACUCUUGAGAAGGAAGAAGAGAAAGAAAAGGUGACCACAAAGGACAUUUCACAAUCAGAGCACUCUGAUGAGGCGACUACUGAGGAGGACAAUGUGGUUACAUCGAACAGUGAUGACGGGAGUUCGAAGGAUUCGAACAAAAUACCAUCCGAGAAAGCACCAACGGAGCAGGUUGAUGAGGUAGAAGAGAUAACAGAGGAGACAGAUGAAAAGGAAGAUGAGAUUAAAGAGCCGGAAGUUGAAAAUGAAGCUGUUACCCAGUCUUCUGAUACAAUUACUCCAGCGAUUUCUUCGGAAUUGCUCGAACAAAAGUCUCUGAUCACUUACGCAGACGCAACUCAGGUUGCCAUAUUUGCUCUUGGCAAUCCUGCAGAUGAAAACGAACUAGACGGCUUGAUCGAUAAUACUGAGCUUUCCAGGAUCGCCGAAGAACUCAUUUCCACAUGUGCUUUGUUGGCUGGUACAGAGUAUAGAAAAAGCAUACACAGAGCCGUGGCUGAAAAUUACAAAACUUCUGUUCUUAUUUUCAGUCCAUUGUUCAAUUGA